UAGACUCCUGGGGUUGGGGUGUCAGUUUACACGCAGCCUUCAGUAAAUAAUCCGUCAGAGUUCCACCCAUUUUUGCCUUUUCCCCCUUCCCUCUUCGCUGGGAGGAAUCCUCCCUUCGCUGGGAGAGGAAUUCCCUCCAAGGGCGGUGCGGCCCGGAGCUGCAGCUUAAGUUCGUUUGCUGUUUGCUGAAACUUGCUUUCUGCCAAUUAAGAGCCAUGCUGCGAGUGAUCGUGGAAUCUGCCAGUAACAUCCCUAAAACGAAAUUUGGAAAACCGGAUCCUAUUGUUUCUGUUAUUUUUAAGGAUGAGAAAAAGAAAACAAAGAAAGUUGAUAAUGAACUCAACCCUGUCUGGAAUGAGAUACUGGAGUUUGACUUGAGGGAUAUACCACUGGACUUUUCAUCUUCCCUUGGGAUUGUUGUGAAAGAUUUUGAGACAAUUGGACAAAAUAAGUUAAUUGGCGCCGCGACCGUAGCCCUGAAGGACCUGACCGGUGACCAGAGCAGAUCACUACCAUACAAACUGAUCUCCCUGCUAAACGAAAGGGGGCAAGACACCGGGGCCACCAUUGACUUGGUGAUCGGCUAUGAUCCGCCUUCAGCUCCACAUCCGAAUGACCCGACUGGGACCGGCGUGCCAGGCAUGGGAGGAGAAGGGGAAGAAGACGAAGGUGAUGAAGACAGGUUGGACAGCCCAGUCAGGGGCCCGGGGCCCAGGGGCCCAGCUGGGACGGUGUCGGAAGCUCAGCUUGCUCGGAGGCUCAACAGAGUGAAAAGCAGCCGGCGGAUGCUGUCCAACAAGCCCCAGGACUUCCAGAUCCGCGUCAGAGUGAUUGAGGGCCGGCAGUUAAGCGGCAACAACAUAAGACCUGUGGUCAAAGUCCAUGUCUGUGGCCAGACACACCGAACGAGAAUCAAGAGAGGGAACAAUCCGUUUUUUGAUGAGUUGUUUUUCUACAACGUCAACACGACCCCCUCUGAGCUGAUGGAUGAGAUCAUCAGCAUCCGGGUUUAUAAUUCCCACUCUUUGCGGGCAGAUUGUCUGAUGGGGGAAUUUAAGAUUGAUGUUGGAUUUGUUUAUGAUGAACCUGGUCAUGCUGUCCUGAGAAAAUGGCUUCUUCUCCAUGACCCAGAAGAUACCGGCUCAGGUGCUAAAGGCUACAUGAAAGUCAGCAUGUUUGUCCUGGGAACUGGAGAUGAGCCUCCCCCUGACAAACAAGACCGCGAUGGUGACUGCGAUGACGUGGAGAGUAAUUUGUUACUCCCUGCUGGCAUCGCCCUCCGGUGGGUGACCUUCUUACUGAAAAUCUACCGAGCUGAAGAUAUCCCCCAGAUGGAUGAUGCCUUCUCACAGACAGUGAAGGAAAUAUUUGGAGGCAAUGCAGAUAAGAAAAACCUUGUGGAUCCUUUUGUAGAAGUUUCCUUUGCUGGAAAAAAGGUUUGCACAAAUAUAAUCGAGAAAAAUGCAAACCCAGAGUGGAAUCAGGUCGUCAAUCUUCAGAUCAAGUUUCCUUCUGUAUGUGAAAAAAUAAAACUAACGAUAUAUGACUGGGACCGUCUUACUAAAAAUGAUGUAGUUGGAACAACGUAUCUACACCUCUCUAAAAUUGCUGCCUCUGGUGGGGAAGUGGAAGAUUUAUCAUCCUCGGGAGCUGGGGCUGCAUCAUAUACAGUAAAUACAGGAGAAACAGAGGUGGGGUUCGUUCCAACAUUUGGACCUUGCUAUCUGAACCUCUAUGGAAGCCCCAGAGAGUACACGGGAUUCCCAGACCCUUACGAUGAGCUGAAUAGUGGAAAGGGAGAAGGAGUUGCCUACAGAGGCAGGAUCUUGGUUGAAUUAACCACUUUUCUUGAGAAGACACCACCAGAUAAAAAGCUUGAGCCCAUUUCAAAUGAUGACCUGCUGGUUGUUGAGAAAUACCAGCGAAGGCGGAAGUACAGCCUGUCUGCUGUGUUUCAUUCGGCCACCAUGUUGCAAGAUAUUGGUGAAGCCAUUCAGUUUGAAGUCAGCAUUGGGAACUACGGCAACAAGUUUGACGCGACCUGUAAGCCUUUGGCCUCAACCACUCAAUACAGCCGUGCCAUAUUUGAUGGGAACUACUAUUAUUAUUUGCCUUGGGCCCACACAAAGCCAGUUGUUACCCUGACUUCGUAUUGGGAGGAUAUUAGUCAUCGCCUGGAUGCAGUCAACACUCUCCUAGUUAUGGUAGAACGGCUGCAAUCAAACGUAGAGGUUCUAAAAUCAGGGAUUCAAGGUAAAAUUCCUGAAAACCAGCUGGCUGAAUUGUGGUUGAAGCUGAUAGACGGAGUUAUAGAAGACACGAGUUACACAUUGCCUCUCACAGAAGGAAAAGCCAAUGUCACAAUUCUGGAUACUCAGAUCCGAAAGCUGCGGUCCAGAGCUCUCUCCCAGAUACACGAGGCCGCUGUGAGGAUGAGGUCUGAAGCCACAGAUGUGAAGUCCACGUUGCUGGAAAUUGAAGACUGGCUUGAUAAACUAAUGCAGCUGACUGAAGAGCCGCAGAACAGCAUGCCUGACAUUAUCAUCUGGAUGAUCCGGGGAGAGAAAAGACUGGCCUAUGCACGCAUUCCUGCACACCAGGUUUUAUACUCCACCAACGGUGAGAACGCAUCUGGGAAAUACUGUGGGAAAACCCAAACCAUCUUCCUGAAGUAUCCACAGGAAAAAGACAACGGGCCAAAGGUGCCUGUGGAAUUGCGAGUGAACAUCUGGCUGGGCUUAAGUGCUGUUGAGAAGAAGUUUAAUAGCUUUGCAGAAGGAACUUUCACCGUCUUUGCUGAAAUGUAUGAAAAUCAAGCUCUCAUGUUUGGAAAAUGGGGCACCUCUGGAUUAGUGGGACGUCAUAAAUUUUCUGAUGUGACGGGAAAAAUAAAGCUCAAAAGGGAAUUCUUUUUGCCUCCGAAAGGCUGGGAAUGGGAAGGAGAUUGGAUAGUGGAUCCUCAAAGAAGCUUGCUGACCGAGGCGGAUGCAGGGCACACGGAGUUCACGGAUGAAGUCUAUCAGAAUGAGAGUCGCUACCCCGGGGGCGAGUGGAAGCCGGCAGAGGACACGUACACAGAUGCGAACGGUGAUAAAGCAGCGUCACCCAGCGAGUUGACUUGUCCUCCAGGUUGGGAAUGGGAAGAUGAUGCGUGGGUGUAUGACAUCAAUCGAGCAGUGGAUGAGAAAGGCUGGGAGUAUGGAAUUACCAUUCCUCCUGAUAAUAAGCCCAAGUCCUGGGUUGCAGCAGAGAAAAUGUAUCACACUCAUAGGCGGCGAAGGCUGGUCCGGAAACGCAAGAAAGAUUUAACACAGACGGCUUCAAGCACUGCAAAGGCCAUGGAAGAAUUUGAAGACCGGGAGGGCUGGGAAUACGCUUCUUUAAUUGGCUGGAAAUUUCACUGGAAACAGCGUAGUUCGGAUACCUUUCGCCGCAGACGCUGGAGGAGAAAAAUGGCUCCUUCAGAAACACAUGGUGCAGCUGCCAUCUUUAAACUUGAAGGUGCCCUUGGGGCAGACACGACAGAGGACGGAGAUGACAAGAGUAGGGACAAACAGAAGCACAGCGCCACCACUGUGUUUGGAGCAAACACUCCCAUUGUUUCUUGUGAUUUCGACAGAGUCUACAUCUACCAUCUGCGCUGCUAUAUCUAUCAAGCCAGAAACCUCAUGGCUUUAGACAAGGAUAGCUUUUCAGAUCCGUAUGCUCACGUCUCCUUCCUCCAUCGAAGCAAAACCACUGAGAUCAUCCACUCGACCCUGAAUCCCACAUGGGACCAAACAAUUAUAUUUGAUGAAAUUGAAAUCUAUGGGGAACCCCAAGCCGUUCUACAGAACCCACCCAAAGUUGUCAUAGAACUUUUUGACAAUGACCAAGUGGGCAAAGACGAAUUUUUAGGACGAAGCAUUUUCUCUCCUCUGGUGAAACUGCAUUCAGAAAUGGACAUCACGCCCAAACUCCUCUGGUACCCAGUAAAGAACGGAGACAAGGUCUGUGGGGAUGUCCUUGUCACUGCCGAGCUGAUCCUGAGGCACAAGGAUGGCUCCAACCUCCCCAUUCUUCCCUCUCAAAGGGCACCGAAUCUGUACAUGGUCCCCCAGGGGAUCAGACCCGUGGUUCAGCUCACUGCUAUCGAGAUUCUAGCUUGGGGCUUAAGAAAUAUGAAAAACUACCAGAUGGCCUCCAUCACCUCCCCCAGUCUUGUUGUGGAGUGUGGAGGGGAGCGGGUAGAGUCGGUGGUGAUCAAAAACCUUAAGAAGACGCCCAACUUUCCAAGUUCUGUUCUCUUCAUGAAAGUGUUACUGCCCAAGGAGGAGUUGUACAUGCCUCCGCUGGUGAUCAAGGUCAUCGAUCACAGGCAGUUUGGGCGGAAGCCCGUCGUCGGCCAGUGCACCAUCGACCACCUGGACCGCUUUCGCUGCGACCCUUAUGCAGGAAAGGAAGACAUUGUGCCCCGGCUAAAAGCCUCCCUUAUGUCUGCCCCCCCCUGCCGGGACGUUGUUAUCGAAGUAGAAGACACCAAACCAUUACUGGCUUCUAAGUGCUUAAGCAGUAUGUCAACAGCACUCAGCAAAAUGGCUUCUCCAACGACAGUGCAUCUGACAGAAAAGGAAGAAGAGGUCGUGGAUUGGUGGAGUAAAUUUUAUGCUUCCUUAGGGGAACAUGAAAAAUGUGGACAGUAUAUUCAGAAAGGCUAUUCCAAGCUCAAGGUAUAUGAUUGCGAACUAGAGGAUGUAAUAGAAUUUGAGGGCCUGACGGACUUCUCAGAUACUUUCAAGUUGUACCGAGGCAAAUCAGAUGAGAAUGAAGAUCCUUCUGUGGUAGGAGAGUUUAAGGGCUCCUUCCGAAUCUACCCCCUGUCGGAUGACCCCAGUGUGCCGGCCCCUCCCAGGCAGUUUCGGGAAUUACCUGACAGCGUCCCACAGGAAUGCACGGUUAGGAUUUACAUUGUUCAAGGCUUAGAGCUCCAGCCCCAGGACAACAAUGGCCUGUGUGACCCUUACAUAAAGAUAACGCUGGGCAAGAAAGUCAUUGAGGACCGAGACCACUACAUUCCCAACACUCUCAACCCGGUCUUUGGCAGAAUGUACGAACUGAACUGCUACUUACCUCAAGAUAAAGACCUGAAGAUUUCUGUCUAUGAUUAUGACACCUUCACCCGUGACGAAAAAGUGGGAGAAACAAUUAUCGACCUGGAGAACCGAUUCCUUUCCCGGUUUGGGGCCCACUGCGGCAUCCCUGAGCAGUACUGUGUUUCUGGCAUCAAUACUUGGCGAGAUCAACUGAGACCGACACAGUUGCUUCAAAAUGUAGCCAAAUUCAAAGGCUUCCCACAGCCCAUCCUCUCUGAAGAUGGAAAUAGAAUCAGAUACGGAGGACGAGACUACAGUUUGGAUGACUUUGAAGCCAACAAAAUCUUGCACCAGCACCUCGGAGCCCCUGAAGAGCGGCUCGCCCUUUACAUCCUCAGGACUCAGGGGCUGGUCCCUGAGCACGUGGAAACGAGGACUUUGCACAGCACCUUCCAGCCCAACAUUUCCCAGGGAAAACUUCAGAUGUGGGUGGAUGUUUUCCCCAAGAGUUUGGGGCCACCAGGCCCUCCUUUCAACAUCACACCCCGGAAAGCCAAGAAAUACUACCUGCGCGUGAUCAUCUGGAACACCAAGGAUGUUAUCUUGGAUGAGAAAAGCAUCACAGGAGAGGACAUGAGUGACAUCUAUGUCAAAGGCUGGAUUCCUGGCAGUGAAGAAAACAAACAGAAAACAGAUGUUCAUUACAGGUCCUUGGAUGGGGAAGGGAACUUUAACUGGAGAUUUGUGUUCCCGUUUGACUACCUCCCGGCUGAACAACUCUGUGUCGUCGCUAAAAAAGAGCAUUUCUGGAGCAUUGACCAAACAGAAUUUCGAGUCCCACCCAGACUGAUCAUUCAGAUAUGGGACAAUGACAAGUUUUCUCUGGAUGACUACUUAGGUUUCCUGGAGCUUGAUUUGCAUCACACAAUCAUUCCAGCAAAAUCAUCAGAGAAAUGCAAUUUGGACAUGAUUCCAGACCUCAAAGCCAUGGACCCUCUUAAAGCUAAGACAGCCUCCCUCUUUGAGCAGAAGUCCAUGAAAGGAUGGUGGCCGUGCUACGCAGAGAAAGAUGGCACCCGUGUGAUGGCUGGGAAAGUGGAGAUGACAUUGGAAGUCCUCAACGAGAAGGAGGCCGACGAGAGGCCAGCCGGGAAGGGGCGGGAUGAACCCAACAUGAACCCCAAGCUGGACCCACCAAAUCGACCAGAAACGUCCUUCCUCUGGUUCACCAACCCGUGCAAGACCAUGAAGUUCAUCGUGUGGCGCCGGUUUAAGUGGGUCAUCAUCGGCCUGCUCCUCCUGCUCAUCCUGCUGCUCUUUGUGGCCGUGCUCCUCUACUCCUUGCCGAACUAUUUGUCAAUGAAGAUUGUGAAGCCAAAUGCAUAAUGAAAGCAAAGCCUUCUUUUCAAGAGUCAUCCAGCAAUAAGGAAUCUCACCCCUGUGGACCAAAAUCAAGUGUGAUUUUGUUUGUGUGAGACCACAGCGCAGUGGCAUGUUACACUACUUCAGCGAGCCCGUCCGUUCUCAGACGGCCUUCAUGCUGCAAUGUCAGGCCAACAAGCAAUAUUUUUAUCUUAUCUUUUAAAGUAUUACAUGUUUUAUUUUCUAAAGUUUUGACCAUGUUUUCAAGGUGGCUGGUUCCAUUUUAAAAAUCAUCUUUUUAUGUGUCCUUAUUUCUAUAAUUCAAUUUUUGGAAACUGCUGAAAUGAAAUUUGAAAAUUUCUGCUUCUUGAUGUCAUAUACUCAUUUGUAAUCAGCUAAAAGAACUGUGCAUGGUAAAACCAGAAUAGAUAGAGUGAUUCUUAUUUAUGCCUACAGCCAUUGUUAUGAUAUUUUGUAUGGAUAAACCUCAUGAAGUGCUAUUUUAACCUCUGUGACAAACCUAAAUAAAAAUGUUUCAUCUUUA